UCCCGCUCGAUCGCUCGGCGCUCGGCCGCGGGCCCUGCGGCGGCGUCGCAAUGGCGGCGCCCAGCGCGGAGGAGCGGGCGCUGCUGGAGCGCGGGGUGCGGGCGGUGCUGAGCGGCUGGGCCGCGCUGCAGCUGGCCGUGGCUCAGGGCUUCGGGGGCCCGCAGAGCCCCGAGAAGGCCGCGUGGUUGGUGGGGGCGGUGCUGGAGUUCCUGAGCCAGAACCCUGAACUGGCCGAGGAUGAGGUGGAAGAUUUCCUGGCCGAGGUCAUGGACAAUGAGUUCGAUACGGCCGUGGAGGACGGCAGCUUGCAGCAGGUGAGCCGGGAGCUGCUCUCUGUCUUCGCGCGGGUGCGGGAGGGGGACGUGGGGGGGGUGGGGGAGGCGCUGGCGGCCCUGGCCCGGCGUGGCCCCGCCCUCGCCUCUGCGCUGGCCAAUGCGCGGCCUGGCCACGCCCCCGACCCCGCCCCCGCCCCACAAAGCACCGGGACCAGCAGCGAGGAGGAGGAGGAAGAGGUAAGGGGGGGGCGAUGACGUCAUAGAAUGAGC